GGCUUCGUGAAGGAUGGGGACAAGCUGUGCGUGGUCCUGGGGCCCUAUGGCCCCGAGUGGCAGGAGAACCCCUACCCGUUCCAGUGCACCAUCGACGACCCCACCAAGCAGACCAAGUUCAAGGGCAUGAAGAGCUAUAUCUCGUACAAGCUGGUGCCCACGCACACGCAGGUGCCGGUGCACCGGCGCUACAAGCAUUUCGAUUGGCUGUAUGCGCGCCUGGCUGAGAAGUUCCCGGUUAUCUCGGUGCCCCAUCUGCCCGAAAAGCAGGCCACGGGCCGCUUUGAGGAGGACUUCAUCUCCAAGCGCAGGAAGGGCCUGAUCUGGUGGAUGAACCACAUGGCCAGCCAUCCGGUGCUGGCCCAGUGUGACGUUUUCCAGCAUUUCCUGACGUGCCCCAGCAGCACUGAUGAGAAAGCCUGGAAACAGGGCAAGAGGAAGGCUGAGAAGGACGAGAUGGUGGGUGCCAACUUCUUCCUGACACUGAGCACGCCCCCUGCCGCCGCCCUGGAUUUGCAGGAGGUGGAGAGCAAGAUCGAUGGCUUCAAGUGCUUCACCAAGAAGAUGGACGAUAGUGCACUGCAACUCAACCACACAGCCAACGAGUUCGCGCGCAAGCAGGUGACAGGCUUCAAGAAGGAGUAUCAGAAGGUGGGCCAAUCCUUCCGCGGCCUUAGCCAGGCCUUUGAGCUGGACCAGCAGGCCUUCUCCGUGGGCCUGAACAAGGCCAUCGCCUUCACCGGAGAUGCCUACGACGCCAUUGGUGAGCUCUUCGCCGAGCAGCCCAGGCAAGACCUGGACCCGGUCAUGGACCUGUUAGCGCUGUAUCAGGGGCACCUGGCCAACUUCCCGGACAUCAUCCAUGUUCAGAAAGAACUUCCGGGGAGCUUCCACAGGAGCAGAGGUCGUCGGUGUCAGUGGGCCCAUCUGUCUGCGGCCUGCACUUAUGUCUCAGAAGACACACUGGUCCACAUUGGACUUCCGAGGUCAUCCUGGUGGGGAUCCAACUACAGAAUGAGAGUGGGAAACCCAGGCGCUCUUACCAAAGUAAAGGAGAGUAGGCGACAUGUGGAAGAAGGAAAGAUGGAGGUCCAAAAGGCUGAUGGCAUUCAAGAUCGCUGUAACACUAUUUCUUUUGCCACUUUGGCUGAAAUUCACCAUUUCCAUCAAAUUCGAGUAAGAGACUUUAAAUCACAGAUGCAGCAUUUCUUACAACAACAAAUUAUAUUUUUCCAAAAAGUAACCCAGAAGUUGGAAGAAGCUCUUCACAAAUAUGAUAGUGUUUAAUAACUGGACAUUGGAUUGUGGACUUUUUUCAAUUCAAGGAUAAUUUCUACAGCAGAAUAAAAACUGCUAUCAAAGAACUAUUGCCAACUAUCAGUGGUGGUACAAGGAUGGUUUUGUGUUCAACUGAAACCCAGCUGAAUAUAUAAUUAUGUAGAAGAGAAGCAGUUAAUAUGGUUAUAUAAUAGAAACAGUACCACACAUUGUAACUAAAUUAUACUAUGUAUGCCUACACUACCAUUGUAACUUUUGGAAUAAUGAUUAUACUAUUUGCCUUAUUGCUUUUUGAAGUAUGAAUAUUUUAGUGCAUACUUUGUAGACCUCAAAACCCACAAAGGGUCUCAAAGAAGCCGGCUGGAUAAAAGCCUGCUAUGGAUGCCUUUUUACUCUCAUAGAUUGGGAUUACCUAAAUUCAACCUAUUCUGUGUUUACAAACUCCCAACUAGAGCAGCUAUGUGACUUUGUGCCUUUAGACUCUUGGUUUUUCAUUUCUGCUCCCGCUCCUCUUUUAAGUAAGCCCCAACUUUUCUGAUCAAAAGAGUGAAAGGCCAGUGCAUACAAUGACAAACUGAUGUUAGCCUCAUAUUGUUAGGGCUGGGGGUAGCGGGAGGAUCACUCGUCAUCAGUUUGCACAGCAGGUAUUAUCUCCUGGUAAGAUGCUCAUGAGGGCAGAAGAGUGAGAUUCAUUCUCAUCCUUGGACAUGAAGUCUGUUGGGGAAGAGAUGGUGCAUUAUAUUCUCUUAGAUGCUACAGUAGCAUAGCCUCUUCACACAGGUGUCCUGAAAACUAGGUGUGAGGAUUUCAGCAAACAAGUCUUAUGUGGAGAAGGAGGAGUCUGAUCAGUCAGGGGAUACAAGUACAGAAUCAACCACACACACUCUAUUUUAGUUCUUAGGAGGAUUUUCUUUUCUUUUAGCUUGAAGUUUUUCUUUUAAUACUCAGUUUUUUGUUUUUAAAUGGAUCUACACUGUUAACUGAUUGAGACUCCACUGUGAUUCACUCGUUUACGUAAUCAAAAACUUUUCAGGGAUGUCUGUAAAUUUCAGUGUUAUACGUGAUGAAAGUGGUGUUGGUUGAUAUAAGGAGGGACCAGAAAUAAUUUCUACUAUUCCAUUACUGAAGGAAGAAUUAUUGAUUUAUACUGUUUUAAAAAAAGAAAAUAUUGAUAAAGCCCACUCAAAGGCCACUUAACCUUAAAAAUUAUUUUAAAUAUAUUCUUUUAUUAUUAUAUGGGAAAUACAUAUGGCUAAAAAAUACCAAAAAGUUUCAGAAGCAGCUUCCUUUAAAAAGCACAAAGAGGUUCUGGCUUGAAGUGCUGAAAUCUCAAUGUUUUUAUAGUCGCUGAGCUAAAUAAUGUGAUACUUGUGUUCACAGAUUUUAAAACUGUCACUGAAAGGUUAAAGUAUCUACUCUUUUCAUGAAGUCAAACUUGUACUGCCUCAGAAAUCCAUGGGUACUAAAAUAGUAAAAUGGAAGUAGAGAGGUCAGUUUGAAGUAGUGGUGAGUCACAAUAUGUAAAGAAAAGGGUCAGUUUGCAGAAAGUCAUAAGAAAAGGUUAUUAGAAUGAUUACUCAACAGCACAGUUACUCUCUAAAAAGUAAUCUCAUAUGGGUUGAAUUUUUCAGAUCAGAUUUCCAUAAUUUUGAUCUUGGUCAAAACUUGGUACCUUAAAAACAAAAAACAAAAACUUGGUACCUUAGAGUAAAUAGAGCCACAUUAAACGCCCCGUGGCUUUGUCUCUACCACGGAUAAGUAGAAUAUCUUCCAAUACAUUAUUCUCUAAAAAACAACUUUCUCUUGAUUGCAGAAGAAGCCCAGAUAUAUGAAAAAUUAAUUUUAUUGCAGAAGUUUGGAGGUUAUAGCAUUUAAGUUUGAGUCUGUAUUGGACAAAUAAGCACUAUGCUUUUCAAAUGAUUUUAAAGUCACAUUUACUUGCCUCUUUAUUUUGAUGAUGGUUUGAUUUUUUUUUUUU